AGAACGAAACGAACACCACAAGCAAGCAAAGCAAACAAACAUGGCUGAAGCAGAAAUUAGUGAUAAAACUGUGUUUGAAAACAAUAUAGGUGAAUUAGAAAACAAUUCAAUGGACAUGGAAAUGAAUAGUGUAUCUAAACCUAGUAGUAAGCAGUGGGUUAAAUUAAAUGUUGGUGGUACGUGUUUUUUGACGACUAAAACAACUUUAUCAAGAGACCCAAAUUCGUUUUUAUAUAGACUGUGUAAAGAAGACUCUGACCUGAUAUCUGAUAGGGAUGAGAAAGGUGCUUAUUUGAUCGAUCGGGACCCUACUUAUUUCAGUCCUGUGUUAAACUAUUUACGGCAUGGAAAACUAAUCAUUAAUAAGGAUUUAGAAGAAGAAGGAGUACUGGAGGAAGCAGAGUUUUAUAACAUCACAGAACUCAUCCGACUAGUGAAAGAACGCAUUGUGUGCCGAGAUACCCGACCUCUUAAAGACUCAAAGAAACACGUGUACAGAGUGAUACAAUGUCAUGAGGACGAGCUCACACAAAUGGUGUCCACUAUGAGCGACGGCUGGAAGUUUGAACAGCUGAUCAACAUUGGCUCACAAUACAACUAUGGGAACGAGGAUCACGCAGAGUUCCUGUGUGUAGUGUCGAGAGAGUACGGCCCUCGAGACAGGAACACCAAGGAGACUGAACCUACUGACAGGGCCAAGGUGUUGCAGCAGAAAGGAUCAAGAAUGUGAAGAUUUGGACAGUAAAAUGCCUCACCUGAUGUACUCAUUUUAGCAAUUCUAACUCUAGUUGAAGGUGACAAUUCACUGAUUUAAAAAAAUAGCGGCAUUAUGAUUUUAAAGUAUUAUUUAUGAAAUUGUAUUUUAAGAAUGUGCAAAAGUACAACAAGGUUUAUAAACUUUUA